AUAGUUGCCAUUUAAUUCUUUUAACUUUUGAAGGCUGACAGGAUGUCAUUAAAGCCUCGUGCGGUGAAUUUUGAUGAAGUAUGGGGCGGCCUGUUGGAGACUGUGCAGCAGGUGGUGACAAUGGGGUCCAUUAAGCGCACUGUCUGGAAUGAGAGAUUCUCUGACGUGUAUUCCCUCUGCGUUGCCUUCCCAGAACCUCUUGCAGAAAGGCUGUACACUGAAACUAAGAAACAGCUAGAAAAUCAUGUUCGAGAACUUUAUUCUAAGGUAAGCAAGCAGAGGGAAGAGAACUUGUUGGCAGAAUACCAUCAUUUCUGGUUACAAUUCAGCAAAGGCACGCAGUAUCUCAACAACCUCUACUCCUAUUUAAAUUCACAACACAUUCAGAAGCAGAAAUUUAGUGAUGCAGAUCUUACUUAUGGCACAAUGCAGAUGGAUGUAUCUGAACAACUUUUAGAAAUAGGUGAACUUGGGUUAGAAAUAUGGCAGAGAGAGAUGAUCACACCACUACAGUCACGUCUUGUUGGGGUAUUACUCUCAGGAAUUCAACAGGAUCGCAUGGGAGCAACCACAGAUGCCCCUACGUCAACUAUUCGGGGUGUUAUUCACUCUUUUGUCGAUGUUAAUAUGUAUAAAAAGAAGUCUACUUUGCAGCUGUACGAAACAGUUUUUGAAGGGGAGUUAUUAAGUGAAACUGGUUCAUUUUAUCGUAAGGAAGCCUCUUCCCAGCUUCAGGUGUGUAAUGUGUCUCAGUAUAUGGAACGUGUCAUAGCCAGAUUAGCUGAGGAGGAACUGCGAGCAACCAAAUUCCUUCCCCCUAGUUCGCAUCAAAAGGUGGUGAAAGAGGUCCAGGAUCGGAUGGUUGCUGAUCACCUGUCCACUGUCCAUGCCGAGACUGGAGCUAUGGUAAAUUCUGAGCGUACUAGAGACCUCUCCAAUAUGUAUACGUUAUUACGACCAGUACCAAGUGGAUUAAUGCAGCUUGUUCACCACCUUAAGGAUCACAUAAAGCAGCAAGGUCUUCAAGCCAUAACCAAUCUCAAAGGAGAUAAUAUUCCUGCACAGUUCGUUGAGAGCCUUUUAGAAGUGCACAAGAAAUACCGUACUAUGAUAAUUGAUGUUUUUCAUAAUGAUCAGCAGUUUGUUGGGGCUCUUGAUAAAGCCUUUGAAAGUGUUGUCAAUCAUAGAGGAGCCACAAAAGUCAUUUGUCGAUCUCCAGAACUCCUUGCAAGAUACUGUGAUACUCUUCUCAAGAAAUCAACCAAAGGCCUAAAUGAAAGUGAAGUAGACGAUAAGCUGGGUCAUAGCAUCACUAUAUUCAAGUACAUCGAUGAUAAGGAUGUAUAUCAAAAGUUCUAUGCACGAAUGCUAGCGAAACGGCUGAUACAGCAGCAGAGUCAGUCUAUGGAUUCAGAAGAGGCCAUGAUCAAUAGAUUGAAGCAAGCGUGUGGAUAUGAAUACACCAGCAAACUCCAUCGCAUGUUCACCGAUAUGUCCGUCAGCUCGGACCUUAAUCAUAAAUUUAAUGAUUUUCUCAAAGCGAAAAACAUUGAAUUGGGUAUCAAUUUCUCUAUUAAUGUUCUUCAGGCGGGUGCGUGGCCUCUGGGACAGACGAGUAUUACACCAUUUGCUGUGCCCCAGGAAUUGGAAAAGUCUGUACAAACUUUUGAAAGUUUUUAUCACAAGCAUUUUAAUGGUAGGAAGUUAACAUGGCUACAUCACUUAUGUCAAGGAGAAUUGAAGGUGAGCCACAGCAAAAGAACUUACCUCAUCACUAUGUCCACCUUCCAGAUGGCAAUGUUGCUCAUGUAUGAGAAGGUGGAUAGCCUUACAUGCAACGAACUUCAAACUCACACCCACCUCAAUGAAGAGCAGUUUACCAAGUUUCUGCAAUCACUGCUGGACAGCAAACUUCUCUUGACAGAUUCUGAGACUCUCCAAGGUGACACAGUUGUUCGCCUCAACACUGACUACAGUAACAAGCGGACCAAAUUCAAGAUCAGUGUGGCACCACAGAAAGAACAACAGCACGAAGCAGAGCAAACUCAUUCUGCUGUUGAAGAGGAUCGUAAGCUAUACCUUCAAGCAGCAAUAGUUAGGAUAAUGAAGGCACGGAAACUGCUCAAACACACAAUGCUUAUUCAAGAGGUCAUCAGCCAAUCUCGAGCAAGGUUUGCACCACAGAUCCCGAUGAUUAAGAAGUGUAUAGAACUACUUAUUGACAAGCAGUACCUUGAACGUACACCCAACUCUACAGAUGAAUAUAGCUAUGUUGCUUAAUUCUUAGAUUUGUUAGUUUUCAUAAUUUUUUGGAAAGAUCUGUGAUUGUUGGCCUAAGAGGAAACAAUUUUGCUGUUUUCUUUUUUAUUUUAUUCAUUAAGUAAUUUUAACCAUCUUUCAUGGUUGAUAUUCACAGAUGAACCUUCCUCCAGAUGUGUGGCUUCACUCCUGCGUGAAGCAUGUACAGUGUGUUGCCUGUUUAACGGUGAAUUUUGUACAUUGAUGUAGGUGUUAAACUUUUCUUGCCUCUACAGAGGCUGAUAUUUUCAGCCUGUUAUGUAAAUAACCCAGUUAGGAUGGUGUAGAUGAUAUGGGUUGUAUGCUAUUGCUUGUUCUAAAACUUGGGUUCUAGACACUGGCCACAUCCACCAAGGUCAAUAGAGAGACUUCUUGACACAGUUGAAUUACCAUGUUACCAUUUUCCAUUAUAAUGUGUAAAAUCUAGAUGCAGCAGAUCUCUUGCUCAGACUUGGUUAGGCUAAAACACUGUAUAAAGGCACAAGUCUUUCAUGUUAUGCCUAGUGUCUGGAACUUAUGAAUAGGAAUUGUACUUCAAAUCAACUUACAUGAAGGCAAAAAAUGUGCCUUUCUUAUGCUCUGUGUUUGAUGGUGUUCCACUAUGUGGGAUUACCCAAGCAGAAUCUCUAAAUGCUUUUUCCCCUCGUGCUAUAAAUACUGCCUACGUAUACUCAAUGACUGACACUUUCAAAGUGUAGAGGGUUCUUGCAUAUGUUGCACAUCAAUUCUAACUUUGUCAGUGAUGGUAGCAACUUGUAACUUCCUCUCAAAUUUUGCAGCUAUAAUUGACACAUUUAGGGCAGCAUAUCUAAUUUUAAGCAUACCAUUCAUAGUUUUGCUCUCUUGCCAUUGUCAUUAAACCACAGAACACUUUUGUGUUUAAGAGUCCUGAAAGGGAUUUUUCUUUUAUUCCUGACCAAUGCAUUUGUAGAAAGUUACCCAUGUGGCUUGCUAAAUCAAGACUUUCUUGUGGAGUUCAAGUUAAUUUUUCAAUGAAGCCUGGCCUAUUAUAAUUAUAAAAAAAAUUUGGUCACUUUUUCCAAUUUGGGGAAAAAAUUAUGCAAAGAAAAGCUUUCUUGGAAUUGUAAUUGUAAUUUUUUUAAAGUUAAGAUUCUCGUAUCUUUUUUUUUUUUUUUUUUUUUUUUUUUUUUUUUUUUUUUUAUGACAAGGUCAGUAUGCUUAUUCUUACUUUCCUGGAACUCUCCUUAUUUCUUGGUCCUUGUAUACAUCAGUAACAUGAGAGAAAAUUUUAUAUAACAAUUGGACAAGGAUACAAGAGAAAGAAACUCAUUUGAGUAUUUUUGAGGGUAAGGGGAUAGUCAUGUGAGACUUUUAGCUUGGUACCAGUAUCUACACAGUAUCCUAGGGUCUAGUGAAGGGUAAGAAAUUUCUGCAUUUUUCCUAUCUGCAGUUGUGGAUCUUGACAGCUUCAUUUCAUGCAAAUUAAAAAAUCUAAUUUAAACUGUUUUGAUUUGUCUCUGCUGGUCUUGAUAUAUAUAAUAUGUAUUUGUCAUUGCUUAAAUCUUCAUGAGUGUAUUAUACUUUAAGUUAAUUUUUAAUUUAUUGUCAGGAUCCAUAAUAUAUUACUUUUUUUUAUGGAAAUUGUGUAUGUUUUUGUUAGAAAUAAAGUCUCGAUGACUUCUUUAUGUUUUAAAUUAAAAAGGCAAAGGUUAUUUAUUAAUUAAACUUUCAUUUGACUGCUUAAUAUGUAAUUAAAAUUUUUAAACAUUGGUUUUCCAGCUUUUACUGUAGUCAAUUAAAAAAUGCUUCAAAGUGGACUGAAACUGGUUUUAUGUCUUGUUUUUUUUUUUCUUUUUUUUUAUCUUCGGAAAAGAAUCACAAGUGUAGUUUUACCCCCAAAAUUAUAAUUAUCCUUGGAAUAUCUACAAUAAGUAGUUUGUUUACAGUGUGUUUGUGGAAAAAAAAAGAAUAGCCUGUUUAUAUGGAAUUUAAAUAAUUUAGUCUAAAGUUUGAUAAAAAUGCAUAAUGUGACAGAUUUAUUUGUGUGGGCCAAAGACUUAGAAAUCAUAUGUGAUGAGGUGGAUGGGUUUCAAUAAGGUAACCUGAGUAUCUCACCAACUGCUGAAUUGUCUCCAUAUGUUUUAAGUAGGAUUUGGAAAGUAGAUCUUAACUAAUUUUUUGUAUUAAAACAUAAUUGUAAAUAUAACUUAUAUAUAAAAUAGUUUAUAAAUAACAAACACUUAGACCUUUAUAAAACUUUUAAAGUCUUUCAUUCUAUGUAACAUUACUUGGUGAUGGUAAUGUCUUACUGGAACUUUGCUAAAUAUGACUACCUCUUCUCAUACUUGGUCAGUUUAUAGAAAUAUUGAUUAACAUCAUGGAUGCUAUAUACUAUACAAUGAAAAUGAUUUCAGCAUUA